GAGGCGCGGGGGCGGUGGCACAGCCGGAGCCGCAGACGCCUCGCGCAGGGACCGACCGAGCGACCGAGCGGCCGGCGGGCUGAGCCACGCAGGAGCGGCGCAGCGAGCUCUCCCGCGACCCGAGCCAGGUCCCAGAGAGGCAGGGGCGCGAAAGCGACCCCGACCCGGGCUUUUCUCGGCCUCCGACGGGGGCUGGCCCUCCUGAAGGCGCCUUCUCCAGCAGCAGGACCAGGCAGCCCACCAUGACCGAGAACUCCACGUCUGCGCCCGCGGCCAAGCCCAAGCGGGCCAAGGCUUCCAAGAAGUCCACAGACCACCCCAAGUACUCAGACAUGAUCGUGGCUGCCAUCCAGGCGGAGAAGAACCGCGCUGGUUCCUCGCGCCAGUCCAUCCAGAAGUACAUCAAGAGCCACUACAAGGUGGGCGAGAACGCCGACUCGCAGAUCAAGUUGUCCAUCAAGCGCCUGGUUACCACUGGGGUCCUCAAACAGACCAAAGGAGUGGGUGCCUCGGGGUCUUUCCGGCUGGCCAAGAGCGACGAGCCCAAGCGGUCAGUGGCCUUUAAGAAGACGAAGAAGGAAGUCAAGAAGGUGGCCACGCCAAAGAAGGCAGCCAAGCCCAAGAAGGCAGCCUCCAAAGCCCCCAGCAAGAAGCCCAAAGCCACCCCAGUCAAGAAGGCCAAGAAGAAGCCGACUGCCACGCCCAAGAAAACCAAAAAACCCAAGACUGUCAAAGCCAAGCCAGUCAAAGCAUCCAAGCCUAAGAAGGCCAAACCAGUGAAGCCCAAAGCCAAGUCCAGUGCCAAGAGGGCCAGCAAGAAGAAGUGACAGUGAAGCUCUUGUGGACACUCCUGCCUGUCUCCUAUUUUUCUGUAAAUACUUUUCUCCUCUCUUACUCCUCAUCUGCAGCCCCUUGCCCCUUUCUAUUCUGACUUUUAUGAGACAGAAUUUGGAUUCCUCGGAAAUUAGGGAAUAGUCCAUUUUUCCUUAACCAGUCGUACAAGGACAGCUAAAAACAAUCUCAUCUCUGUAAUGAUGAGAAUGUACUUAUAUUUUGUUCUGUUAAUUUGUUAUUACUCUACUUAGGGUUUGGGGUGGGUUUGUGUGUUUUAUUUAGUUGGAUGGUUUGUUCACUAUGAAGGUAAAAGUGGGGGUGGGGUGGGGGAAUCGGGAAGCAGUUUGUCUGGCUAGUUGAGAGGAAGCCCAGGAAUUGUAAGGAGCAUCUUUAAGACAAGUAAGUUUUCUUUAAGUUGAGCAGCCCUUGUGAGUUUCAGAACCUUGUUGGGAGGAGAGGGGUGGCAGCAGCUGGACACCAAGUUAGGGGGGGUGGAAUAAACCCUCUCUGAGCUGACUUCCACCUCCCAAUGGUGAGCAUUGUGGGGUCUAAGUCCAAUUUCCUUUUCACUUGUUAGUCUGUCCCUGCGGCCUCCCUAUUGUCCUCGGGAAGGGAGGGGGUGUGGAAGUGACAGCUGGUCUGAGAAGCUGUGGCUUCUCUCAGCUGGGAACUAGCCAUGGGGGGGGGGGUCUUUACGGCUUCAGAAAGUCUGUUCUGGGAGUGGAAACUUUGGGGGAAGGGUGGGGAGUCAGUCAGCCAAGUGCCUCAGUGUGCCCUGUUGAAACUUGGGUUUUUCCACACAAUUGGAUUGUAUUCCCCUGGUUUUUGGUUCCUCCUGUACAAGAGGUGGCUUUGGUGGUCUGGUGAGUCUCCAGCCCUGCCAACGCCACUGAAAAACUUCCCGACCUCUUUACUUCUGAGUCUUUUCUAAGUAGUGGUAGAUGGGGGAGGGGUAGUGGGCGGGGAGUGGACAGUAAGACAUACUGCAGUCGAUUUUUGAAUUGCUAAGUAGUUUUACAGAGCUAAGUCUGUGUAUGUGCGUGUAAAUGUGUAUAUACCUAUCUAGAGCUAGCACUUACGUUUCACACCCGGGAGCUGGGAGAAAAAACCUGUACAGUCGUUUUUCUCAUAAAAUAGGAAAACGCGCAAUUGCGCGUCGUACCCCCCCCCCUUUUUUUUUUGUAAAAAAAAGUGUUAUUUGUGCGGGAAGAAUU